AUGGCGGACGCACUAUCGCAGCAGGGUCGCGACGCGCUCGCCGCUGGCGAUCUGGAUGCGGCCAUCGAGCUCUUUGCCCAAGUCCUCGAGCAGCGGCGCGCGGUCGAGGCGCACGGCGAGAAGGCGGUCGAGUGCGCACCAGCGUACGUGGAAUACGGCAAGGCACUGCUGCGUAAGGCGCAGGCGGCCGACGACCCCUUUGGCAGCAAAGUUCCAAAGGAGACGCCGGCGGUGCUCGAGCCGCUCAACGGCGACCCUGCGGCGGCGGUGCCGCCGCUGCGCGUCGUCUCGAAGCGCGCGCGCGUCGAGUGA